AAUGACAGACAAGCUGGAGGACACCAGUCUGCGCCUCAGGGACGAGAUGGAUCUUUACAGGAAAAUGAUGGAGAAACUGAAAGAGAACAGACUUCAGUUCCAGAAGGAGAAGGAGGCCAUGCAGGAGGUGAUAGAAGACUUGCGACGAGAACUGGAGCACCUUCAGAUGUUAAAGCUGGAAGGAGAAAGACCUGGUCGCAGCCGCACGUCCUCCACCAGCAUGGCAGACUUUAACAGCAGGAGCAGAGAGAUGGAGCUGGAACAUGAGGUCAAAAGGCUGAAGCAGGUACAAGUGAACUUUAUACAGAACUCUUCAUUUCAUGAUCCUGCGGCUUGUAUAACUUUCUGCCCGUUCCCACUCUUUUGUGUAUGAUGAGGUUUGAAACGUACGUUUUACAGAUAUUUUUAAUGCUGAUUUGUUUGAAGUAUUUUUGGGUAUGGACAUUUACUUGCUGACACAUUCAUUGCUUAUUCCUUGGUGUAGGUUUGUAUAUACAGCAGCAUAUCUGCUGUUUAUUUUUCACCUUCAUAUCUGUUCAAAGUAAUAUUGUCAUUUACCUGAUUUACCAGGUGCUAAUAUUAGGGUUGGUCUCUUGGGAAUACCAACAACAGAUAGGAUGUUAUUUAUUU